AUGAUCUACUUUGCGAGGUCUUUCUCUGUUAGGAAUUCAACUUGUAAGCCUCCAUGGAAAAUUUUGUUUUUUGGAACUGAUCGAUUUGCGGUACACCCACUGAAAGCGUUGAUUGAAAAUGAAAGGUAAUAAUGUAGUUUUGAAAUUUGAGGAAAUGGACCUCUAGUCAGUUUCGCCGAGUUCGCUAUGGGUCAUAUAAUUAUUUGCAAAGAUAAGCACGUGUACUUUAGUCUGUCUGUUACUUGAGUAGCAUUCGAUUUAAUACCUCAGGGAAUCAAUAGUUUUCUAACAGGAAGUUCGAGUUCACGCUAACUUGAGACCCAUUUAUACAUACUGUAGGCGUCUAUUUAGGCGUCUUGCGUGAUGGUAACCCCGUUGCAGGACUAUAAAUUUUUGAGUAAAGGUUGAAUAAAGGCCGGAGCUUUUUUUAGAACGAUCUUUGAUGCAUGCUCGUGACAUAAAAGCUUAAGCUUACAUUUAUUGGGGUCAUCCAUUUAAUAUUCUCCUCUCCCUGUGGAGAAAAUGGGGACAAAUUAUGAGUUUCAUCAACUCAAAAACAAAGUUAAAUGCGGCAACAACUCCUCCCGUUCAAGAAAAGGGACACGUGCUCGCCAGAGAUCCGGCUGCCCCCUUACAAUUCCUAAUUCCCCCAGUCUUUUAUGAGCCUUCAGUGUUCAAUGAAAUGUUCCUGCCCCUUAUUUGCUUAGUAAAGGUUUCCCAUCGUGCCAAAAAUAGUGUGACAAAAAUCAGUUGAAACCUCUUUUUUUUAUUAUUUUAUAGCAGAUAGCAGUUGACUUCUCAGUCUUAGGAGAGGUGGGGUGGGGGCAGGUGUAAACUGCAAGCAGUCCCUCAGUGAAUCAUUAUGGUAAUUUGAUCAUAAGUGUAAAGGAUUAGAGUUUCUGGUUUAUAGUUAGUUUGGUAGGAUUUUGUCAUCUAGUCUAGAAUAGUAUGGCAAAAUUGCACUUGAACAUGGUCUGGUGCAGUUCAUCAUGGUUUUGGGGGAGUGGGGGCUUUUGCCACACCCAAAAAUUAUUUUUGUACUGCUCAGACUUCUGAAGCAGGUAUUUUUUUUAUUUAUUUUUCACAACCAGCAUUGCAUUAAUUUCUCAAUGAUUUACCACAUCUGAGUUGAUUGGUUUUUGAUUCUAAUAAUAGAUUUUUGUUUUAGAACUUCAGGUUCCAUUGUAAAACUGCUUGAUGUAGUCUGCCCUCCUGAAAGAAGAAGGGUCAUUAAGGUUUGUUUAAAGUUUGAAUGACCAAAUAGAGAAAAAAAAAACCAUAAAAAAAUUCUUUUUGUGUUCCUGCUUUAUGAUUCCCGUUUCUUUUCACAAUCUAUUAUCAAUGCAGUUAAGUUUAUUUGUUUUAUCCUGUAUACUUGUCUACAGGUAUCUUUAAGCUUUGGAUCUGAUUUUUAUUUUUCAACAGAAACAACAAAAUGGUGAUGCCUUAGACACAGCAAGAGAAUUUUCUUUAAAACACAACAUUCCUGUUCACUACUGGACUGGAAAGGAGGGAUGGGAACCUCAGGAUGGGUAAGAUUUGCAUUGGACUAGCAAAAGUAACUUCUUUGCACUGGAGUAAAAUUUAAUGGUACAUGACAAAUUAUUAUUAUUAUAAUUACCUGCAUUGCUUAGCACAUUUUCUUGCUUCUUGAGUGGGGGUCAGAAGGUACUAUACAGUUAGGAAACUACCAAUUUUAUUUUAAGCACUUUUAUCAAUCAAACCAGGAAGAAAAAAGAAAGAGGAAGCAAGAAGUUUUACUGACACUGUAAAAGGAGAACAUUUGCCUACUGCUUUACCCAAGAUAGCAGGGGCUAAUAUAGGCAAGGACGAAACAUCUCAUCCCUUGCAGCGAAAACUUUGUAGGUCAAAACAGUUUCAAUUAGUGGCAACAAAAUCAUUGAGACACUGUCCUCAAACAGGGUAACUUAGGAGAACAAAACAGUCCAUUCAUUGGUUAUGUACUUUUAUGGACAUUUCCAUUGAAAUAACCACGUGGAUAUUUUGUUUUUAUUGGUUCUGAUUCGGUAGUUUGUUGUAUUGUCCACAUCGACAUAUUUACAUGACAUCAUGUAUUCUUUGCCUUCAUUGCACUGAAAACUGGUGUAAAAUAUUCAGUCACAUGUAUUUUUGAUGGUCUGAUAUUAUUCUGAUUCCUUUUUAGACCAACUGGUCCAUUUGAUAUUGGAGUUGUUGCAUCAUUUGGUUACUUGAUACCAAAUCAUGUCCUGGAUAUGUUUCCAUGGUAAGUAUAUACAAAAAUAAUAAUAUGGUGUUCAACUUGUCAGGUACUCGGGUGUAAAUGUGACAGGGAAACUGCAAAUCAGUUUAAAGUGUGAAACCUGUUAGCCCAGACUACAUUUUGAAACUUUUCAUGUUUACAAACAUAAUACCCCUUUGCAGGCAAAUUUUUAUAUUUGGAUAUCCUGUUCUGGAUGAUAAGUCCCAAAAUGAGCACCCCUUGGACAGAGCAUAGUUUACCCAUAUGGUAGACACGUACCAUAUGUUCCAAAAGGCACUCUGCUUCAAAUAUGUACCCUGCUUCAAAUUAUUGCCCCCAUUGAGGCAAAAAAUGAUAAUUUAAUACUCCUUGAAAUUCACACCCCCACUAACCCUCUCCUAAGAAAGAAAAAUCACUGAAUACACAGUCUAAAAGUUCCAUAUGAGAACUUAAAAUGGGGGACAUUAGAGAAAACUGGACUCAUUAAAAAGUGAUAACACACAGAUUUGGUUUUCUUCUUAUAGUUACAGUCUUGUUUACAGUUACUGUUUGUUUUACAUGUACUGGCAAUAAGACAAUGUUAUUUUGAGGCCAAAAUUGGAAAAAUGAAAAAAUCUGGCCCUUUAAAUAAGCCCUCUCCUCCAUCCCACCUUCAAAUAUGUGCCCUCCUCUUGACUCACAAAAUUUGAUAAGCAUCCAAGCAGCUAAUGUGAGCUUUUACAGUACUAGGUACUCUUUGAUCAAUGAGUUUAGUAAACACCUAUACAGUGGAAUAAACUUGCGUUUACACAUACAUGUACUUUUUUUUCUUUUUAGUGGUGCCAUAAACAUUCAUCCAUCUCUUCUACCUCAGUGGAAAGGUGCUGCUCCUAUGUCACAUGCGAUCCUGAGUGGAGCAAAGGAAACAGGAGUAUCCAUUGUUGAAGUUUCCAGAGACAGGUGUGUUCAACACUGUGAUUAGGUCUAUAAUGAAUCAUGAGUGCUGUACCAGUGUGCCUGUCAAUUGAUUUAAACAGGAUUUGUUGACGGUAUGUGUACCUGAGGAAAAAAAAAUUUGAUGCGCUAAGAUACAACUGUAUAUGUUACACUGGUUAAAAUUAAAAUUCCAAAAUAAACUAUUCAGGUUAAGAUUUUUUAACCUAGGUUGAUUCUCAUCUUCCUUUGUCUCUUAAGGUGACUCGACCCAGUUUUUUUUGGGGGGUACCAUCCUACUUUGAAGCUCUCUGGUAUCCCCACCUUUACUUUUAUCGUAAGUCUAACACAUAGAAUGGAUAACAUAUAGAUCAAUCUACAAUAUAACAUAAAUUUUUUGGCGAUCGGAGUAAAUGUCAUGUGGUUAUAAUGCCAGGCCCCUUUGAGACCUGUCUGAGUCGAAAAUCUGCAGUUGCCGGCAUUUUUUCGUGAAAAUCUCUCGGCUACACAUAGUGCGCAUUAGUGCCUUACGCUGAACAGAGUUUCACCAAAAUCGCAAAGACCCAAUUCGAGAAAUUCAGCGGUUUCCAAAUUUAGGUCAUAAUUUAUGCGAAAAUGAUAAGCAAACUUUACACGGAUUAUAUCUAAUAAACUAUGAGAUUCAUCUCUUUAUUUUGGGCAUCGUUAUAACAGAUGGGUCCUUGCAAGUCAGCAAAACGCUUUAGGGCCUUGUAAAUGCGCGCGAUUUCGAGCAAAGCAAACAUAUAGAAAUUAUAGUUUUCGCUAUUUGUUGACGUUUGUCAGCGUUUAAGAGUCCUUCUCACGAAAAAAGCAUUUUCUUAAAAAUUCGUAGUUUUUUUUCCUUCAAAUUUUUUCAGGGCCACUAUUGAUUAACUAACUACCCGGACUCUGAAUCUCAUGGUCAUUGAAAAACUGUGACAUUAUCUUCUAUAAGCCCAAACUUGAGUAAACAUUGAAGAUUUUUAGCGUUUUGGCUGAGUUUGUGCUUUGGGAGUUGUCUAUUGUUUCUUGUCUGUCAUUAUACAGCAUUCUUGUUCAGCACGCGUGCAAUGACCACGCUUGGCUGAUCAUUUAUUAGUUAAUAGGUUCUCUUAAUUAUAUUGUUAAGUGUCCCCAAUUAUUAGUAGAGGGGUAUUACCCUUGGCUAGCUACUUUGACAGGUUAAUAAAGUUUUUGAUCGAUUGAUUGAUUAACUGAUUGACAUUAUGGUGAUGAUAACGUUUUUAAUAAUAGUUAUGAUGAUGAUGGCGAUGACAAUGAUGAUGAUAGUAAUGUUGAUAUAAUUAUGAUGAUGAUGAUGAUGAUCAAUUAAUAUUUUUCAUAUGCCUUGUUGUUUAACUCACCUUUGCAAUCCUUCCAGGUUUCAAUACAUUAAACCCCAAAAAUGUACCAAAAGUAAGAAUGUUAUUUGAAUUAGCUAGCCUAAGGGUAUUUCAAUUUUAGACAACCAUUUCAUUUUGAUCAUUAGAUUUGAUGCUGGACAAAAUUUGCUUCAGGAGAAGUACAAGGUUUGGAGACCUUUAUCUAUCUAUCAAAAUAUUGCUAACUAGUGAAUGUUUUUUUAGCCUGCAUAGCUCAAAUUUUCGAGUUUUGUUCUCUUGUCCUGCUUAAUUUUUAGACUGUUAACUAGAAUGUUUUUUUUUUUCUUAGAGCUAUUAAUUAUUGAUUCAAAUUAAUUAGAUUAUUAGAUACCCUAAAUUGAUUUGAUAUUUUUUAUUUAGAAUUAUACCUCUUAGCCUUAUUACUUGUACUUAGCUUAUUCUUGUCAUCUAUCAUACUUAAAUGAAACUUUGCAUUUAUUUGUAAAUGGGUAGUCUGAAGUAAUAAGCCCCAUGGCUUUCUAUCCGGGCUGCCCUGCAACUUUUGGUGGUAAACUGAUCAAUAAAUUAUAUAUUAGUUAUUGCUCGAAAGUUUUUCGAUUUCCUUCCAACUCUCUCGACGAACUAGCGCGGAGACGCUUGCUACACUGGCUAAUGUUUUAGAAGUUUGUAAACCGACAAAUUGUUCUGAUUUUUUUUUUUUUAUAGAUACCAGACGACAUCAUGUAUGACGAGCUCUCCGAUCAGCUUGCAAUCCUUGGUACUAAAAUGGUUUGUAUGUUUUGAAAGAUAAUAUGAGGACGCUCUGUGAAUACAUGUAGGCAGCUUUCUAACAGUGAGAACUGGAUUUUCCAUUGUCGCGUUUGCCCACAUAUGAUGUUGUUGAGGAAACAGAUUACAACUUGUUGAAUUUUUCAAAUAAAUAUUGCCAAAAACUACAGUAGCUUGAUUUCUCGCCAAAAAUUUACUUGAAAUGUUUGUGUACCUCAUUUUAAUGUGUUUGUAAGAGAUACAGUGUUUACCAAUAGUUUUAGCAAACCUACAGCUAAAGUCAUUUCACAACGGAAGAUAUAAAAUGGAGCUUACCAGUAGAACCAGAAAGCGAUUUGUGUUUGUCGACACAUAUCGUUGCUAUUACAUGUUGAUUGUUAUUUGAAUUUUCCACAUGGGUAUUAAAUUUUGCAAAUUUUUCCUGCGGGUUGGAUGCUUCGGCCGGAGGCCCCAAGUGACAAGCGGCGAAUCCGCGAGAAAAAUCACGCUGGUCACAAUACAGACUUGAACCGGAAACCGCUCAUGAAAAGUCUCUGGCACCAAGGGUAACUGGGUUACCGAGGAUAACUUAACCUACAUCAAGAAAUUCCUAUAAAUGCUAAGUCGCAAAUCACAAUAUAUAUUUUUUUAUAUCAGACGAUGAAUCGGUCGUCAUUUCAUCAAGGCAUGGAAUGGCCUAUGAGCGCUUUUUUCUCUGUACUCUUUUAAAAACUGACCUAAUGCCAUCUUUUUAGUUGAUGUAUGCUCUUGAAAAUCUGGAGGAAUUACGGAAAGAUCCAGUACAGCCAAAUCCGCAAAUCAAAACUAGUUGGGGUAAGUUUCUUUGAAAUUCUAGCAGCAUGAUUUAGCUGAAAGAGUAUGAGAAAAUCGUCCGCGCAUCCAUGUUAUACGGCAUCAACUUUUAACGCACCGUUUUAACAUCACCUGUUCACUUUAUCCGUAGUGCCACCGCCGACGUGGUUACUUAGCAUCUCUUUUGACUCCCUCUGUUGUAUAAAUGGGCGCAAGAAAAAACGCGCGCGUCUCCCUCGCGCGCGCCCGUUCUUUCCUGCGCCCAAUUACUUCCUAGCGCCUGCUGCGCAAGUCUUGCGCAGGCUAUCUAUUGUAAGGCGGACAAGUCUUCCUAUUAAAAAGACGGUCAUUUUGAUGGGAGAUUUUGAUUGAUUGAUUGAUUGAUUGAUUGAUUUGUUCGUGUAUUUCUUUAUUUAUUUAUUUAGUUACAUGUAUUUUUUUUACUUUUUCUCCCAGCUCGCCGCUUGACUAAAGAGGUUGGUUAUAUUGACUGGACAUACCACACUUGGUCUUACAUCCGAAGACGAUGGAAUGCACUUUCUUCCAGAGUAAGUUAUACGACAAUUUUUCCGCACUUUCUGUUCACAUAUGAAUGUGAAUGUAUUUAUUCUAUCUCAUUAUUCUUGAUAUUUAUUAGGUUGGAGUUCAGACCAGCUGGGAAGGAAAGAAAGUCAAGCUGAUUAACAUGUCCAAGGAUUUCGUUAGUCGUGAGUAACAACAUUCAACCACUGAACAUUGAACCACUUUCCUAUGGCAAUGCGCUGACUGGUUUCGAGACUAGACUUCAGGGCCACCCAAUGGAUCUGUUCCUCAAAAUAUCUGUUCUUCAGGCAAAUUUUUGCUGGCUGGGAGAUUGGAAAAAAUAAUAUGUCCUUGGAAGGAAGGUGAAAGUGUUGCUGGGAAAUAAACAAUUCAGGGUGUCUAAGGAGAUUUGUAGUCUAGAAUAGCUGNCUCUGUUGUAUAAAUGGGCGCAAGAAAAAACGCGCGCGUCUCCCUCGCGCGCGCCCGUUCUUUCCUGCGCCCAAUUACUUCCUAGCGCCUGCUGCGCAAGUCUUGCGCAGGCUAUCUAUUGUAAGGCGGACAAGUCUUCCUAUUAAAAAGACGGUCAUUUUGAUGGGAGAUUUUGAUUGAUUGAUUGAUUGAUUGAUUGAUUUGUUCGUGUAUUUCUUUAUUUAUUUAUUUAGUUACAUGUAUUUUUUUUACUUUUUCUCCCAGCUCGCCGCUUGACUAAAGAGGUUGGUUAUAUUGACUGGACAUACCACACUUGGUCUUACAUCCGAAGACGAUGGAAUGCACUUUCUUCCAGAGUAAGUUAUACGACAAUUUUUCCGCACUUUCUGUUCACAUAUGAAUGUGAAUGUAUUUAUUCUAUCUCAUUAUUCUUGAUAUUUAUUAGGUUGGAGUUCAGACCAGCUGGGAAGGAAAGAAAGUCAAGCUGAUUAACAUGUCCAAGGAUUUCGUUAGUCGUGAGUAACAACAUUCAACCACUGAACAUUGAACCACUUUCCUAUGGCAAUGCGCUGACUGGUUUCGAGACUAGACUUCAGGGCCACCCAAUGGAUCUGUUCCUCAAAAUAUCUGUUCUUCAGGCAAAUUUUUGCUGGCUGGGAGAUUGGAAAAAAUAAUAUGUCCUUGGAAGGAAGGUGAAAGUGUUGCUGGGAAAUAAACAAUUCAGGGUGUCUAAGGAGAUUUGUAGUCUAGAAUAGCUGGUAUGUGCUAUUGGUCAGAAACCUCCCCCCACACUGAAAGGGUGAUUUUCGCCCCAUGACACACUUUUUUGCGCAAUGCCAUUAUUUUUGUCAUGGAAUCACGAAGCUGAGCGGUGAAACUGCAACAAAAAAAUAUGAAGGCGAAGGAGGCCACGCUCUGAAGCUCUCUGAAUUGCUACCAAGCAGUAGGUUAUGGUCAGCCCAGCGAAAAUGAUAACUCUUAACUUAACCUUUUAUAGACUGAUGGCAGUCACAGAGGCGCCGUAUGUAUUGAGUUUGAUGGCAUACAUGUGCUCCUUUUUUCUGUAGUCACACCUGAAGAGAAGCUUUCCACACUCCCAGGAGAAGUGAAAUUUGAUAGAGAUCGCGAUAUCCUCUUCAUUAGAUGCCAGGUAGAGAUUAUCGAUUAAACGCAACAAAAUAGGCUGCUCAUGGCCAUAAAAUCGUAUUCAUAAUAAAGCACACGAAUAACCAGCGAAACGAGCUAGCAAAUGUGACUCUCUGGCAUGCAAAUGCGGAGCGUUAUCACUAACGUGUUUCGCGCUUUGUUCCUUCUUGUUGCGCAUCGUCGAUCUCAUCACAAGUCUCAAAAAUGAUGACAGCCCAGUAUUGUGUUCUCGAAGACCAUAAAUUAUAUCGUUGAACCGUAGCGCCUAGCCACGUUCUCCAACUAAGCGAUGCUAGGAUCUGCUUAGGAGGCUAAUCAUUACUAGGUUUUUUAUUACUUUGUUUUUUGUUUUAAUUUUAUAACAGGACGGUUGGGUUGGAGUCACGGAGCUGCAGUUUGAAGCCAAAACUGUCAUCACUGCUCGGGAUUUUGCUAACUCGUAUCUUCGAAUCAGUGCUUUACAAGGCAACACAAAGAAAUGUUUUGAAAAUUUACCCUGGAAGGACAGGUAGCCAUGAAGUAGCUGUUUUCGCUGGGCGAAGACAGGGAAUUCACCUAGCAGCGCAUCAGGAAUAAAUAAUAUUUAUUUUUUUUAUCUUCAAUGGAAAAAAAAAUGCAUUUUUAUUCAAAAGGAAUGGAGUACGUCUAGUGUAGUUAUACAGCUUGGUCUAUGCAAAAUAAAUGCUUGAAAG